UUCCGUUUCCACGCUGAGUUGUGUGAGCAGAAGGAGCCGCUGGUUUCCGCUCCGCUGAUGGUGAAUCGCUGCUCCUGCGGUAUCGGGAGGAGGUUUAGAGCCCGCAGUGGAAGCGCAGCGGUACUUCGGGAUUCAGCUUUAACGUUUUCUCGUCGAGUCGCGUCCACGGAGGAGCCACUGAAGGAGGAGGGAAGGCAGGAAGGGAAGAUAGCAGGAAGAUGGCGGCGGCGGCGGCGGCCUCGCCAGGCUCGCCGGACUGGGUCGUGCUGAGGGACGGCUGCCUGCGCUGCGAUGAGGAGGGCCUACGGAGUCUAUCCUACCACCCGGCCCUCAACGCCAUCCUGGCCGUCACCAGCCGGGGCAGCAUCAAAGUCAUCGACGGCACCUCCGGGGCUAUUUUACAGGCCUCGGCUCUGCACGCUAAACCUGGGUGCCGGGUGAGGUGUCAGUACUUCCCAGCCGUGGAUAAGGUGCUGUUUGUAGACGAUUACGCCGUCGGCUGCAGGAAGGACUUGAAUGGGAUCCUUCUUUUGGACACAGCUCUCCAGGCCCCUGUGUCCAAGCCAGAAGACAUGGUGCAGCUGGAGCUGCCCGUUACCGAGGCCCAGCAGAUGUUGUAUGCGUGUAUGGAGAAGGUGGAUGUUUCCAACACGGAGGGUUACGAUCUCUUUCUCACCCAGCUCAAAGAAGGCCUGGAGAAUACCUCACAUGAGACAGCAGCCAAUCACAAAGUGGCAAAGUGGGCGACCGUGACCUUCCAUCUCCCUCAUCACGUGCUGAAGGUGGUAACGAGUGCCAUCGUGAACGAGUUGAAGAAGUUGAAUCAGAAUGUCGCAGCCCUUUCGGUCGCUUCUUCGGUCAUGGACAGACUCUCCUACCUCUUACCGAGCGGCAGGCCAGAGUUGGGUGUCGGACCCGGGCGCUCCGUAGACAGGUCUUUGAUGUACAGUGAAGCUAACAGGAGAGAAACGUUCACAUCCUGGCCUCAUACUGGCUACAGGUGGGCUCAGCCUGAUCCCAUGGCCCAGGCAGGCUUUUAUCACCAGCCUGCAUCCACAGGUGAUGACCGGGCCAUGUGCUUCACCUGCAGCGUAUGUUUAGUGUGCUGGGAGCCUACAGAUGAGCCCUGGUCAGAGCAUGAGCGUCAUUCACCCAACUGCCCAUUUGUGAAAGGAGAGCACACCCAAAACGUUCCGCUAUCUGUCACUUUGGCCACCAGCCCAGCUCAGUUUCCUAGUGCAGAUGGUUCGGAUAAAAUCGUGUGCUAUGGGUUUGGAAGCUGUCCUCAUUUCCUUGCUACGGCAACCAAAAGGGGAAAGAUUUGCAUCUGGGAUGUUUCAAAGCUUAUGAAGGUGCAUUUAAAGUUUGAGGUGAACCCAUAUGACCCAGCCAUCCUGAGGCAGCUGAUUCUGUCCGGCAGUGAGCAGCAGAAUUUAACGGGUACAGAAUCACGAAGACCCACGCUCUCCUGGCUAGAAGAGGCCACCUGCUGCUCUGACUUACCCAAACUAGAGGGAGACAGUGAUGACCAGAUAGAGGACUCAGACAGUGAAGAGCAUUCCAGAUCAGAGUCGGUCACAGGCCCACUGGGUCAGAAAGAGACAAUGGAGGUGAGUUUGGGAGUCACAGCUCUCAGUGUCCUACAGCAGCCUGAGAAGUUGCAGUGGGAGGUGGUGGCCAGUGUGCUAGAGGACACAGUUAAAGACCUGGAAGAGCUGGGGGCCAAUCCUCCCCACUCACUGGGCCCCCCAAAAGCCGACAAGGCUAAGGAGAGGCCGGCGGAGCACCACAACAUUCCCUUCCCCUGCCUGCUGGCCGGAGGACUGCUAAGCUACCGGUCUGCAGCUAGUUCUCCACUAGGUCCCCCUCCGUCUCGGCGCUCCAUGGAUAGCCCAGUAAGGACUGCUGCACCUGAGGGGCUUGCACCAGACCAGGGUCCCAUGGAAAUCGAGUCCUGUAAUCCUCCUACAGACCUGGGCUCCCCAAACCUACCACCAGCCGCCCCUGUGCAUAGGACUAUGCCUGUACUACUCCUGUACAGCAUCAAGGAAGCAGAUGAGAAGUCUUCAGGGAAAGUGUUCACCCAGAUGAACAACCUGAUGAGCAAAGGGCUUCAUGAGGAGGGUUUCACUGUCCCGCAGAUUAUUGAGAUGGAGUUUGACUCUCACGAGCAGCUGCUGCUACAGGACCCUCCCAUCACGUACAUCCAGCAGUUUGCGGAUGCAGCGGCUGGGCUCGGACCUUUGGAUGGGGAAAAGUGGAGCUCUCUGGCUCCGCGGCCGGGUUCGUUGGUGCAGUGCUUGCGGUUGCCGAAAGCAUUGGAGGAAGAGAACCUGUACGUUGAUUCUAUCACGCCCUGCAGUGAUGGUUUACACUUGUUAGUUGGUCUUCAGCCAUGCUCCGUAGAGUCCCUUAGCGCUAUCAAUCAGGUGGAGGUGUUAAACACCCUCAACCGUCUGCACUCUGCUCUCUGUGGCCAUCGCAAAGGACAGACACUGGCCAAUGGCCAUGACGCCCACUCUGGCACCUCUCCUCCACAGACCCCUCUUAUCCUGCCCCCUCAUGACCAGCAACAGCCCCAUACUUCCAGACCUCUAGGUGGCAGUGGUGGUGGUGGAUACCUUGCGCUCUACAAAUUGAAUUAUUCCACCCGUAUUGUGACCCUGGAGGAGGAACCAGUGAAGGUCCAGCAGAUUCGUGACUCACGAGAUGCCGUCACGUCUUUACUACUCCUGCCGCCAGAUGUGCUGGAUGGCAGAGAAGAUGACGGAGAGGAAACUUCAGAGGAGUCUACACCAUCAGGGCUCAAAAAUGGCACAGGGACGGUUGCAUCCGCAGUGACAGCGGGCCCAAGCAUGGGGACCGCCAUUGGGAAGGAAAAGAGAGGAGAGGUGGCUGGACUUGGACACCUGGUGGUGACUACACAGGCAGGUUACAUCAUGAUUCUAGACUUGUCCACCCUUGAGGUGAUGGCCAAGGUGGAGCCACCAAAGAAAGAGGGAACAGAAGAGGUGGACCCCUUCGUCUCUGUUACCUACUGUUCAGGCACUGACCGGCUGUGUGCCUGCACAAAAGGUGGAGAGCUUCAUUUCCUUCAAAUUGGAGGUGUGUGUGAUGAUAUCGAUGAUGCCGACAUUUUUGUCGACGGCCCCCUGUCUAAUAGAGCAGAGCAACUACUGGAUGGAGCAAAACCCACAUCAAAUCCUUCAAGCCCAGGUAUCACAGGAGUUGACCUCCUAGUGGACCAGCCAUUGACCGUAGAGACACUUUCAUCUCUGGUGGAACUCACACGUUUUGAAACGCUGACGCCACGCUUCUCCGCAACAGUGCCCCCUUGCUGGGUGGAGGUACAGCAGGAACAGCAACAAAGGCGGCAUCCGCAACACCUUCACCAGCAGCACCAUGGCGAUGCCGCACAACACACACGCACUUGGAAGCUACAGAGCGACAGCUCCAGCUGGGACGAGCACGUGUUCGAGCUGGUCUUACCCAAAGCCUGCAUGGUUGGACAUGUGGACUUCAAGUUUGUGCUAAACAGCAGUAUUACCAACAUCCCACAAAUCCAGGUCACACUGCUGAAGAACAAAGCACCAGGCCUGGGCAAAGUGAAUGAGACAGCAGUGGACAGGCAGAUUGUUUUCCCAUUGUCUCAUGUAUUGCACUCAAAUGGAGAGAAAAACGGACAACCGCAUUUGCAUGAUUUCUCAGAGGACAUCCAGUUCAUGGACAUCGAGGAGUCGCCAGGCUCCAGGCUGUGUCCGUUCCUGCAGGAGCACAAAGAUGAUAUCUUGUGCGGGCCGGUGUGGUUGUCCAGCGGACUGGAUCUGUCUGGACACGCAGGGAUGCUGAGCCUUACAAGUCCCAAACUCCUUAAAGGCAUGGCAGGGGGAAAGUACCGUUCAUUCUUGGUGCACAUUAAGGCAGUGAAUGAUAAGGGUCUGGAUGAGAACUUGAGGCCAGUGGUGCGGAUGCCCUCAGCCAAACCUCAAAGUAGUAAAGCUCACUCGCUUUCAUCUCUGCUGCAGAGGGCUCAGGCCACCAAGGAAAAGGCUUCAACGUCUAAAGCAGAUCCUCAGUCUACCCCUAAAAAGCCUGAUAACCUGAGGGGAUGUGACUUGCUUCAGGAAGUGUCUGUCACAAUUAGGAGAUUUAAGAAAACAUCUGUACCCAAAGAACGAGUGCAACGCUGUGCAAUGCUUCAGUUUCCUGAGCUCCAUGAAAAGCUGCUAAGAGGUUUGUGUAAGCGUGGAGAAGACGGGCAGAGCUCAGAGCACUGUCAGAGUCUCACUUUGGACAUCCUCUGCUGGUUGGCAGGGGUUUACUCCAACGGACCCUGCAGUUUGAGAGAGGGGAAGGAGGGGCUUUUGACUAAAACUAGGAGACGGCUGACAGAAAUCAUCAGGGCAUGUUUCUUUGAGGCUGGACGCAGUAUAGCUCAUAAAUGCUCUCGCUUUCUUGCACUUUGUAUUAGUACCGGUAAAGGAGACCCUGGUCAGCAGGGUUUUGGCCAGGCUCUGUUUAAAGCUCUUUUGGAUAAUAUGCCUUAUUUGCCUGCUGCUGCCACAGGAGGAUCUGUCUUCUGGUACUUUGUCCUGUUAAAUUAUGUGAAAGAUGAGGACCUUGCCGGCUGCAGUACUGCUUGCGCUUCUCUGCUCACUGCUGUCUCUCGGCAGCUGCAGGACCGCUUGACUCCACUUGAGGCGCUGUUGCAGACCAGAUAUGGUCUGUAUGGGUCUCCAUUUGACCCAGUACUGUUUGACCUGGAGGUGAGCGGGUCUUCCUGUAAGAAUGCCUUCAGCAGCAGCAUUGGGGUCCAGUCGGAUGAGAUCGACUUGUCCGAUAUUCUCUCAGGUAAUGGAAAGGUGAACAGCAGUGGGGCGGCAGAGGGCAGUUUUACUGCUCUGACCGGCCUGCUGGAGGUCGAACCUCUGCACUUUACUUGCGUCUCCACCAGCGAUGGCACCAGGGUGGAGAGGGAUGAUGCAAGUAUGUUCACCGUGAGCACCUUUGGCGUGACGCCCACAGUGACAGGGCUGUCUGCUGGGACCGUCGGCGAGGCGUCCACGGCCCUUAGCUCAGCUGCACAGGUGGCACUUCAGUCCCUGUCUCAUGCAAUGGUGUCUGCCGAACAGCAGCUCCAAGUUCUUCAAGAGAAGCAGCAACAGCUUUUAAAACUCCAGCAGCAGAAGGCGAAGCUGGAGGCCAAACUUCACCAGACCACCUCAGCAGCCACUGCAGCAUCAGGCGUUGUCAACUCAGUGCCAUCCAACCCGUCCUCUGCCCCAGGCUUCUUCAUCCAUCCCUCUGAUGUCAUCCCACCCACUCCGAAAACUACACCACUGUUCAUGACGCCUCCUCUCACUCCACCGAAUGAGGCAGUGUCUGCGGCUAUUAGUGUUGAACUGGCUCAGCUCUUCCCGGGAUCCGUCAUUGAUCCUCCACCUGUGAACCUUUCAGCACAGAAUAAAAACACACAGAAAGCCAAACCAAACCCCAUAGGAAGUGGCCUGGCAUUGGCAAUCUCACAAGCCUCUCACUUUCUACAGCCUCCACCACAUCAGUCCAUAAUAAUUGAACGAAUGCAUUCAGGUGCAAGGCGGUUUGUGACUCUAGAUUUCGGCCGGCCGGUGUUGCUGACGGAUGCACUGAUCCCUACGUGUGCUGACUUGGCCUCCCUUUCCAUUGACAUUUGGACUCUUGGGGAGGAGGUGGAUGGAAGGCGACUCGUGGUCGCCACAGAUAUCAGCACACACUCGCUGAUUCUACACGACUUGCUGCCUCCUCCCGUCUGCAGAUUCAUGAAGAUCACUGUGAUUGGUCGAUACGGCAGUACUAAUGCCCGGGCUAAAAUUCCAUUGGGUUUCUAUUAUGGUCACACCUAUAUCCUACCAUGGGAAAGUGAACUGAAGCUGAUGCAUGACCCUCUGAGGGGAGAGAGUGAAGCUGCCAGUCAGCCAGAUCUGGAUCAGCAUUUGUCAAUGAUGGUGGCCCUGCAGGAAGACAUUCAGUGCAGGUAUAAUCUGGCCUGUCACCGACUUGAGACGUUACUUCAAAACAUCGACCUGCCACCUCUUAACAGCGCUAAUAACGCACAGUACUUCCUGCGCAAACCUGAUAAAGCGGUUGAAGAGGAUUCCCGUGUUUUCUCUGCCUACCAAGACUGCAUUCAGCUCCAGCUUCAGCUCAACCUUGCACACCACGCUGUCCAGAGGUUGCGUGUGUCACUAGGAGCCACCCGGAAACACCUACCUGAAAACUACGACACCAGAGAGCUGGUCCAGAACUCUUCUACAGAGCAGCUCCGCACUAUUAUCCGUUACCUACUGGACACACUGCUCAGCCUGCUGCACUGCUGUAAUGGUCACUCUGUGCCCUCAGUGUUGCAGAACACGUUUCACGCCCAGGCGUGUGAGGAGCUCUUCAAGCAACUAUGCAUCAGCGGGACUCCUAAGAUCCGUCUGCAUGCUGGUCUGCUGUUGGUGCAGCUGUGUGGAGGCGAGAGGUGGUGGGGCCAGUUCCUGUCCAACGUCCUGCAGGAGCUUUACAAUUCUGAGCAGCUUCUCAUCUUCCCUCAGGACAGGGUGUUUAUGUUGCUGUCCUGCAUUGGCCAAAGAUCUUUGAGUAACAGUGGGGUUCUGGAGGGUUUGUUGAACCUUCUGGACACACUGUUAUCUCCUCUGCAACAGACUAGUGCAGCACAGCCACGCAGGACAGAAGGUGUGUUGGAUAUCCCCAUGAUCAGCUGGGUGGUCAUGCUCGUCUCUAGGCUACUUGACUAUGUGGCCAGUGUGGAAGAUGAAGCCACUGCAGCUAAGAAACCUCUAGGGUCUAAAGAUAGAGAAAGAUCCUUUACAGGGAACCAGUGGAGUUUCAUAAACAACAGUCUGCAGUCUCAGAACACAAGCAGAUCCGCCAAAGGCAACAACAGCAGUUUAGAUCGUCUAUAUUCACGCAAGAUUCGCAAACAGCUAGUCCACCAUAAACAGCAGUUGAAUUUAUUGAAAGCCAAACAGAAGGCUUUAGUAGAACAAAUCGAGAAAGAGAAAAUUCAGAGUAACAAAGGCUCCUCCUACAAGCUUCUGGUAGAACAGGCCAAACUCAAACAAGCCACAUCCAAGCACUUUAAAGAUCUGAUCCGUUUGAGGAGGACAGCCGAAUGGCCACGCUCCACCUUGGAUUCAGAGACAUCAGUGGCUAAAGAGACCCCUGAGGUGGAGCUCCUGCCCUUCACACUGUCUCAUGAGCGCUGCAUCUGCGUCGUCCAGAAGCUAGCUCUCUUCCUCCUCUCUAUGGACUUUACCUGUCAUGCAGACCUGCUGCUGUUCGUCUGCAAGGUAUUGGCCAGAAUAGCAAAUGCAACACGACCCACAAUCCACCUGUGUGAGGUGGUUUCAGAACAGCAGCUGGAGAGGUUACUGUUGUUACUUGUGGGAACGGACUUUAACCGUGGGGACAUCUCAUGGGGAGGAGCCUGGGCUCAGUACUCACUCACCUGCAUGCUGCAGGACAUCCUUGCAGGAGAGCUGUUGUCUCCAGGGUGUGUGGAUGGGAUGGAGGGGGCCGGGGCUGAUGAGGCCGGGGCCGCCUCUUCCUCUGUAGUGGUGGAUUCCGAUGACUCACUCCCCCAGCCAACCCCCAUCCCACUGGUGGAGACCAUCGAUGAGCCUCUGGGACCUGAUAUCAUCGCAGGUGCUCCUCCACUGUCAUCUUUGGAAAAAGAUAAAGACAUUGACUUUGACUUGCUACAAGACUUGAUGGAUGUUGAUAUUGAUCCUUUAGAUAUUGAUUUGGAAAAAGAUCCACUCGCCGCCAAGGUUUUUAAGCCAAUCAGCAGUACCUGGUACGAUUACUGGGGUGCUGACUACGGUUCUUACAGUUAUAACCCCUACACAGGGGGUGUGGGCAUACCAGUGUCCAAACCCCCUGCCGCUGCCACGACAGAGAAGCCUGGAUCUCAGAACCUCUCAGUGUCUGUGUCUCAGGCACUGGAUGCUCGACUGGAGGUGGGAUUAGAACAGCAGGCAGAACUCAUGCUGAAGAUGAUGGCAACACUAGAGGCAGAUGCAAUAUUGCAGGCGCUGACGUCCACAUCUCCAUCUGUGGCCCAGUCUGCAAAUGGGACAGACGACUCUCUUUUGCGUGGGGGUUUCCACAGCUCUCCCCCCAGCAGCAGUCUGAUGGUACAACCCUCUUCCAUCCCCAUGUUAAGCACCUGCUUCAACAAACUCUUCUCUUUAUUGCAAGUGCAUCAUGUUCAGUUGGAGUCUUUGCUGCAGCUGUGGUUGACUCUGAGUUUGAGUUCCUGCUCUGGAGGUUCAGAGGAGAGCGGCUCAGACAUCUUCCUGUUUAACGCUAGCAGAGUGCCCACAAUCCCCCUUAACCAAGCCUCCAUCAGCAGUUUCCUGUCAGUGCUGGCCUGGUACCCCAACACUUCUCUGAGGACAUGGUGUCUUGUCCUGCAUAGUCUCACCCUCAUGACCAAUAUGCCUGCUAGUGCCUCUAGCAGUGGGAUGGGAGUGCAGGAGAGCACAGCCCAGCAGAUGGUGUCUGACCCCACACUUGUGCACGUGCUUGUGCGCUUCCUGUCUGGGGGAAACCCUCACGGAACCAGCCAGCACAGCUCACAGGUCGGCCCCACUGCAACGCAAGCCUUGCAGGAAUUUUUAACCAGGUUGCAGGUGCACCUGUCCUCCACAUGUCCACAGAUGUUCAGCGAAUUUCUGCUUAAACUGUUGCAUAUCCUGUCUACAGAGAGGGGUCCAUUCCAGUCUGGUCAGGGUCCAUUAGAUGCACAGGUGAAGCUUUUGGAGUUUACCCUGGAGCAGAACUUUGAGGUGGUUUCUGUGACCACCAUCUUGGCUGUGAUCGAAUCAAUCACCUUUCUGGUUCAUCACUACAUCACUUGUUCAGACAAGGUGGUCUCACGCAGCGGUUCUGACAGCUCUGUGGGCGCUCGUGCCUGUUUCGGGGGCCUGUUCGCCAAUAUCAUCCGGCCAGGAGAUGCUAAGGCUGUGUGUGGAGAGACCACACGAGACCAGCUGAUGUUUGACCUUUUGAAGCUGGUUAAUGCUUUGGUAAUGCUGCCGCUGUCAGGAGAUCGGGAGUUCAGUGGAAGGCUGCCUCCAGCUGGUGGAGCCACUGACAGUGUGUCGGAUGAAGAAAAAGUGUGUGGAAGCAAAGAAUGUGGGGCGGCAGGCACAGCGCAGCACCAGGGACCAGCUGCGGGUGUGGCAGACCUAGUUUUGGCCAAUCAGCAGAUUAUGAGCCAGAUCUUGUCGGCACUGGGGCAAUGCAACAGCAGCGCCAUGGCCAUGAUAAUUGGUGCUAGUGGGCUCCACCUAACUAAACAUGAGAACUUUCAUGGUGGGUUGGAUGCAAUCUCGGUGGGCGAUGGCCUCUUCACCAUCCUAACCACUUUGAGUAAAAGAGCCACAUCUGUCCAAGUCAUGCUGCAGCCCAUUCUCACCUACAUGGCCUGUGGGUAUAUGGGCCGACAGGGAUCCCUAUCAACAUGUCAGCUCUCUGAGCCUUUGCUUUGGUUUAUUUUGAGAGUGCUUGACACCAGUGAGGCUUUAAAAGCCUUCCAUGACAUGGGUGGUGUGCAGCUUAUCUGUAACAACAUGGUCACCAGCACACGUGCUAUCGUGAACACUGCACGCAGCAUGGUGUCCACUAUCAUGAAGUUUCUGGACUCUGGACCUGGUAAAGCAGCAGAUGGCAGCUUGAAAGCACGAGUGCUUACCUCAGAACCAGACAAUGCAGAAGGAUUGCACAACUUUGCCCCUCUUGGCACCAUCACCUCCAGCAGUCCCACAGCACAGCCAGCAGAAGUGCUGCUGCAGGCCACACCUCCACAUCGACGGGCUCGUUCUGCCGCUUGGUCCUACAUAUUCCUUCCUGAAGAGGCCUGGUGCGAUCUCACAAUCCACCUGCCUGCUGCCGUUCUACUAAAGGAGAUUCACAUACAGCCUCACCUGGCAUCUCUUGCUACCUGCCCAUCCUCAGUGUCAGUGGAGAUCAGCGCAGAUGGUGUAAACAUGCUUCCCCUGUCGACCCCAGUCAUCACUAGUGGUCUCACGUACAUUAAAUUUCAGCUGGUCAAGGCAGAGGUGGCGUCUGCCGUGUGUUUGAGGCUGCACCGGCCCCGGGAUGCUAGCACACUGGGCCUCUCACAGAUUAAGCUAUUGGGCCUGACUGCUUUUGGGAACACUUCUUCUGCCACUGUAAACAAUCCUUUCCUGCCAUCUGAGGACCAGGUCUCUAAAACCAGCAUUGGCUGGUUACGGUUGCUCCAUCAUUGCUUGACUCACGUUUCUGAUCUGGAGGCCAUGAUGGCCAGCGCUGCUGCUCCCACAGCAAACCUCCUGCAGACCUGCGCCGCCCUCCUCAUGUCUCCAUACUGUGGGAUGCACUCGCCCAACAUUGAGGCAGUGCUGGUGAAAAUCGGCCUGCAGUCCACACGCAUAGGCCUCAAACUUAUUGACAUCUUGCUGCGUAACUGUGCUGCUUCCGGCACUGAUUUGGCCAAUCUAAAUAGUCCGCUGCUCUUUGGGAGGUUAAAUGGCCUUUCAUCAGACUCAACUAUAGAUAUUCUCUACCAGCUGGGCACCACUCAGGACCCCGGUACCAAAGACAGGAUCCAGGCUCUGUUACAGUGGGUUUAUGACUCAUCCCGUGUCGCUGCCCUGAAGCAGAGUUCCCCGUCGACCUAUGUGGGCCCAAGCGCUCCACCCUCAAGGGAAUAUGGGUUGCUCAUGCCGUCCCCAUCACAUCUGCACUGCGUGGCCUCCGUCUUAUGGCACAGUUAUGAACUGCCUGUGGAUUACGACUUGCCCGGUCUGCUCAACAGAGAGCUUUUCGAGUUGUUGUACAACUGGUCGAUGUCUUUGCCCUCUAACGUGGUUUUAAAGAAGGCUGUGGACAGUUUGCUUUGUUCCAUGUGCCACAUCCACCCUAGUUACUUUUCUCUGCUGAUGUCCUGGAUGGGCAUCGUGGCUCCCCCUGCUGCCCAGACAAAUGCACAGAGGCGUAUGGCCAUGACGGACGAUGGCAAGAAGCAGCAUGACUUAAACAGUGCCGCCUCCCUCACAGAUGACUCCAAGCAUGCUCGGACACCAGUAACAGUGCCCAUCUCGCUCUCAGAAAGCCAGUUGGUGACCCUCGCAGCUGCGUCUCAGUCUCCCGGUGCCAUCCAGCAGCUGUUGGACUCUGGUCUGCCUUCCUUGCUUGUUCGCAGCUUGGCCGACCUUUGCUGCAACCUGUUGGUCAGCGCAGACCUUCCCUUGCCUGUUGGAUUCUCGGCACAGGCAGAGAGACGCUCAUACUCACACAACCAACCCUCAUCAUCCUCAAACAGGCCGCCACUGUCUCCUGAGCUGGCAGCACCUGUAUUGCGUUUUCUAACGGAAGUAGGAAACAGUCACACUAUGAAGGACUGGUUGGGUGGACCAGAAGUGAACCCUCUCUGGACGGCGCUGUUGUUUCUCUUGUGCCACUCUAGUGCCAGUGGGGCUGCUAAUGCCAGUGCAAACAGUGGCAGCAGCAGCAGUAUUUCUGGGCACGGUACAUCACCCAGCACCUCACACGCCAGCGCCGCACCUCACACCUCAGGGGCGUCUUACUCACUGGCGUCAACGAGCCGCAGCAGUGGACUCACUACCCAGCAGAGGACAGCCAUUGAGAAUGCCACCGUGGCUUUUUUCCUCCAAUGCAUUUCCUGCCAUCCAAACAACCAGAGGCUCAUGGCACAGGUUUUGUGUGAGCUGUUCCAGUCAGCUCCUCAGCGAGGUAACGUUCCAGUCUCAGGGAACAUUUCUGGAUUUAUACGUCGGCUCUUCCUACAACUUAUGCUUGAAGACGAGAAAGUUACUGUCUUCCUUCAGUCUCCCUGUCCGCUGUAUAAAGGGCGAAUUAAUGCUACUAGUCACGUGAUCCAGCACCCCAUGUACGGAGCAGGGCACAAGUUUCGCAAACUGCAUCUUCCCAUAUCAACCACACUGUCUGAAGUAUUGGACCGCGUCUCAGACACUCCUAGCAUCACGGCCAAACUGAUCAAUGAACAAAAGGAGGAUAAAGAGAAGAAAAACCAUGAGGAAAAAGAAAAGAUGAAAGCUGAUAAUGGUUUUCAAGACAACUACAGUGUUGUUGUUGCCUCAGGUCUGAAGUCUCAGUCAAAGAGGGCCUUGUCCACUCCUCCUCGUCCUCCAUCCCGACGAGGGCGAGUCCUCAGUGACAAGCUGGCAGCUUCCUCAGGAGUUGAUCCGUCUGCCAAAACCAUCAGUGUGCCUGUCUUCCACCUCUGUCACAAACUACUGCCGGGUCAGCCGUUGCCGCCGGAGAUGACCUUAGCUCAGCUGCUGACACUGCUGUAUGAGCGUAAACUUCCUCAGGGAUACCGUUCCAUUGACCUGACGGUCAAACUGGGGUCAAAGGUCAUCUCAGACCCCGGGCUCUCCAAGACAGAUUCCUUCAAAAGGCUUCGCACCGAGAAAGAUCACUGUGAGAUGCUAAGCGGCUGUCCGGAUGAUGAACCAAUGACCCCAGGUGAUGAAGGUUUGGAUGCUGCAGUAGAUGACACCCUCCUAGAAACCAGCCCUAUCCAGUCCCCCCUGCAGGUUUUUGCAGGUAUGGGCGGCUUGGCGCUCAUCGCAGAGAGACUUCCCAUGCUGUACCCCGACGUCAUCCAGCAGGUCAGUGCCCCAGUGGUGCCAUCCACUACACAGGAGAAGCCAAAAGACAGCGAUCAGUUUGAGUGGGUCACCAUCGAGCAGUCCGGAGAGCUUGUUUACGAGGCGCCCGAGACGAUUGCGGCUGAGCCUCCGCCCAUCAAAUCCUCCGUUCAGACAAUGUCGCCCAUCCCUGCCCAUUCACUGGCGGCGUUUGGCUUGUUUCUGCGGCUGCCGGGGUAUGCUGAGGUCCUGCUGAAGGAGAGGAAACAUGCUCAAUGUUUGCUCAGACUUGUGCUGGGCGUCACAGAUGAUGGAGAAGGAAGUCACAUCUUGCAGUCUCCCUCUGCUAACGUUCUGCCCACGUUGCCCUUCCACGUGCUCCGGUCAUUGUUCAGCUCAACUCCCCUUACUACGGAUGACGGGCUGCUGUUGAGGCGUAUGGCUCUUGAGAUCGGUGCAAUUCACCUCAUCCUGGCCUGCCUAUCUGCCCUCAGCCAUCACGCUCCCAGAGUGCCCAGCGGCAGUGCCAACUCCAGUGAGCCUCAGGUCUCCAGUGGGCAUGUCGGUGGAACAACAGAGGAGCAGCAGCUGUACUGGGCAAAGGGAACAGGUUUUGGGACAGGCUCCACUGCAUCAGGCUGGGAUGUUGAGCAGGCUUUGACCAAACAGCGUUUGGAGGAGGAACAUGUUACCUGCCUCUUACAGGUUUUGGCGAGCUAUAUCAACCCAUCAGGCUGCGUGGGUUCUGGUGAGACCCUCUCAGGAGAGGUCAGAGGUCACAGCAGCUCACUGCUGCCAUCUGUCCUUCAGGAACUGCUCAGCCAGUCCUGUCUUAUCCCCGCCAUGUCUUCAUACUUGCGCAAUGACUCAGUUUUGGACAGAAGAGCGCACAGCUCCUGUCAGACUUCCGUUGGCAUGUUACUGGCCAAAAUGAAGACCUGUGUGGACACCUACACCAACCGCCUGAGAUCCAAGAAAGACAAAAGUAAAGGGGUGAUGAAGACUGAAACAUCUGAUCCUGAGCCAGAAGGCCUCACCCUGCUAGUUCCUGACAUCCAGAAGACUGCAGAGAUUGUUUACGCUGCCACUACCAACCUACGGCAGGCCAACCAUGAGAGGAAAAUGGCUGAAAGUUCCAAGAAGGCAGCAGCCAGGCCCAAACCGCUGUCCAUCUUGCGCUCAAUGGAGGAGAAAUAUACAGCAGCCAUGAAGAAACUACAGUUUGACACGUUUGAAAUGGUGUGUGAGGAUGAGGACUCUAAGCUGGUGUUUAAGGUGAACUACCAUUACCUGUCUCAGGUGAAGAACGCCAGCGACGCCAACAGCGCCGCCCGUGCUAGACGAUUAGCACAGGAGGCCGUCACACUCUCCACCUCCCUCCCUCUCUCCUCAUCCUCCAGCGUGUUCGUCCGCUGUGAUGAAGAACGUCUUGACAUCAUGAAGGUGUUGAUAACAGGGCCCGCAGACACACCAUAUGCCAAUGGCUGUUUUGAAUUUGACGUCUACUUUCCUCAAGAUUACCCAAACUCCCCUCCUCUUGUUAAUCUGGAGACUACUGGUGACCACAGCGUCCGCUUUAAUCCAAACCUCUACAAUGAUGGCAAGGUGUGUUUAAGUAUCCUGAACACCUGGCACGGGCGUCCCGAGGAGAAAUGGAACCCUCAGACUUCUAGUUUUCUACAGGUGCUGGUGUCCAUCCAGUCUCUGAUCCUAGUGGCUGAGCCAUACUUCAACGAACCGGGUUAUGAGCGUUCUCGGGGUACGCCGAGCGGAACGCAGAGCUCCAGAGAGUACGACGGAAACAUUCGGCAGGCCACUGUGAAGUGGGCCAUGCUAGAACAGAUCCGCAACCCUUCACCCUGCUUUAAAGAGGUGAUCCAUCGGCACUUCUAUCUGAAGCGAGCUGAGAUCAUGGCCCAGUGCGAGGGCUGGAUCUGUGAUAUUCAGCAGUACAGCAGCGAUAAGAGAGUCGGCCGAACCAUGUCUCAUCACGCAGCUGCACUAAAGAGGCACACGGCUCAGCUCAGAGAAGAGUUGUUGAAGCUUCCCUGUCCUGAAGGCCUGGAGCCGGACGGGGAGGAGUUUUCUGAGAAAAGCACCUCGCUCAUGGUGAAAGAGCUGCCCGGUCAGGAUGCGGAGAAGCAGGCGGACAGCCCAGACGCCCACUGUAGCGACGGCCAGCUAUGAUCCCCUCUCCCCCAAAGCCCCGCCCACCGCCUUUGACUAUCCAUUGAUAUUGAAAAAAGACUGGAUGGCUUUGGUGAUUAAGCCAUCUUUUUGUCAAUAUUUGUAUGUAAGAAUCUAAUUAUGUAAUAGCAUAAAAAGAGAGGACAGUCAAAACAAAGAAAAUACAAGGAAAGAGAUCCGCUUACACUCACCGACACAAGACGAACCGCUGUACUCCAUUCUGCGCCCUGAAAACAAGAAAACAUCUUUUUAUUUACUUGUAAAAGAGUAUAAAGUUUUUUUGUGCUUUUUUUUUUUCUUUAUUUUCCCAAAUUGUUAAAUAACCACUGAUUGAUAUGUUAUUAAACUUGUUUAUGUAAAACAAAAUGAAAGAUGAAAUCACAGUAUAUAUAAGGGAACUGCCUUUAGUGGAGAAUGUUUACCAAAUGUUUAUUUCUUUUCCUUUUUUUUUUUUUUUGUUCAGUUUUUCUUUUAUUUUGGACUCUUAGUGCAAGGACAGUUUGUAAGUGAGAAUAUACUGGUCAUUCUUUAAGCAAACUAUUUAAAAGAAGAACGUAACGAACACGCGCCCGUACCCACUCUUGAGUUCCCCCGCUCCUCUGGUGACCCUCUGACAGUGCUUUUGGUUUCUACAGAUUUGUGUACACUUCAAUAAUAAAGCCUGGAACGGACGUUCAGAAGUACUCUGAUGACUGGAUGCUCUUGUUCGGGCCGAUCAAUAGCACGUUUUAUUUUUGUCCUCUCUGCUUUUAAGUGCAAGUUUAAUAAAUGCAACCUGUUUUACUUUG